UUCAAACGUCGCAUUUUGCAUGUGUCGAAUACAAUUCUAAUUAGAUUCGACCCUAAAACAAUAAUCCGACCGUCAUUUCAAAUGUCGCAUUUCGCAUGUGCUGAAUUCAAUUAGCGGCAGUCCGCUUGGGCGCAUAUCAUGACGUAAAUGACGUAAAUAAAUAAAUAAAGCAAUGGCGCAAUAUGGCGCCAAAUUCAAAUAAGUGUACCAAAAUAUUAAUAUUAAAUAAUAUAAUACAUCGGGCAAGGCAGAGGCGAAAGACAUUCGAAGCAGCUUUGCACUUUUUAAUAAGUCGUAGACAAAAGCUAUUAAAAAUAUGUGCUGUGGUAGUUCUCCUUUUAUCCGCACGAAAUUCAGCUACAACCGUGAAGCGUUCAUGUCGGAGAUUUCAACGAAAUCCAGGUUGGUGGAAUAUUGUGUGGCAAACAUACUCUGAUGCUCGGUUUAAAAAAACCUUCAGAGUGUCAAGAGGUACAUUUUCUUUUAUUCUUGGGCGCAUACGUACUAAAUUGGAAAGGAAAUCUUUAACAGAGGAGCCUGUUGAGCCGGCUUUGCGACUGGCUAUCUGUCUCUAUCGCCUUGGCCGUGGGACAUAUUACUACACUAUCUCAGAACUUUGUGGUCUUGGAUUGUCAACAGUUGCAACAAUUACCCGAGAAGUAUCUGAAGCUAUUGUUGAGAUACUAUGGGAAGACAGUGUCAACAAGCAUAUGCCAAACUCAGAGGAGACCUUUCGGGAAAAAAUCUUGGAUAUGGAAGAAAUGUGGCAAUUUCCAUGUUGUUGGGCUGCAGUUGAUGGUUGCCAUAUCCCUAUUAAGUGUCCUCCAGGUGGAAUGCAAGCUUGCAAAGAGUACCAUAACUUUAAGAACUUUUACUCUAUUGUCCUCAUGGCAUUGGUUGACUCACAUUAUCGAUUCAUUUGGGGGAGCUGUGGCUACCCAGGAAACUCACACGACUCAAUAAUUCUACAGUCAACUGAGCUUUGGUCAAAUAUCGAAGAGGGCGAUGGUCUACCAUCGAUAGGAAAAAAAGUGGGCACACAAACUGUGCCUCCUCUUAUUGUUGGUGAUUCAGCAUUCCCACUCGCACCAUGGCUGAUGAAACCCUACACCAAUGCUGUUUUAUCACCCGAACAGAGAUACUUUAAUUAUCGGCUAAGCCGUGCUCGGAUGGUCACAGAGGGGGCAUAUGGCCAGUUAAAGGGAAGAUGGCGUGUGCUUCUUCGGAAAUGUGAGAGCGACAGCAAGAAUGUUCGCAUAUUUGCACUUGCCUGUAUGGUACUACACAAUAUUUGUAUCAAUCUGGGUGAUACAAUGCCAAAAAAGUUGGACCUUACCAUUGACCCUACUACCAGUGAGAAGAGGGAUAGAGAAAAAAUUCGGGAAAUACUGCAAAUGACCAAUUGUUCCAAAGUAAACAAUUCAUCGCCUCUGGCGGAAAAGAUUAGAAUGGCAUUGGUUGAAAAACUUUGGCUUGAAAAAGAGACUGGAUUUAUUCGAACAUAAUUGAACGUUGUUCUUGUUUAUUCUGUUAAAAGGAAUUUAAGAGUUUUUGCUGAAGUCAAAAGUGAUGCAUAUUAUAUAUAUUCCCCAACAUUACCUUAUGAGGGGACACUUCACGUUAAUUUCAACUUUGAAGUGUUUGCAACAGUAACUUUGAAUUUAAAAAAUUACAGUAGGAAGAAAUGCUCAAAUGAGCAAAAUGAAUGGGAAAAGAUGUUUCAUUGAAUAUGCGCUGUUG